UUCUCUCUCUCAUGUGCGAGUGAUUGGGAGUGCUUUCACUGCAUCAUCAGUCCUGGAAGAUCCACCAUGGGCGGCGGGCGACUGCAAGCGGCGCUCCUUCUGGUGGUGUGUGCUGUGACCUCGCUGACCUCGGCCAGAUAUGAAGGUGGCAUCCCGCUUUGCAAGGACUUAGUGCAGGUCAAGAACGAAUAUUCGUGGGAAUAUAUGAGAGGCAUUAGUGAUGUAAACAACGAUUAUCCAGUGAAUAACACGCAUGAAGGAUGCAUAACGAACAUAACUUUAUUCGAUAACCAGCUGAAGGGUCUAAAACGGUGCCAAAAUUACUCGAGAAGCAAAGAACCCUGUAUGAUGGUGGAGGAAGGCGAGGACAACAUUGUACACGUUUUGAUGUUGCUCCUGGACGUGCAGUGCGACCGCGGGAAACAAGCGGACAAGGUGAACGGUAGUUUAAUGUGCUUUCACUCCGUUCCGAACGAGGACACCGCGCAGACAGUCCUCACAGUGCCAAGAACCGAAUCCUCCAUCCCUCAGACCAUGGACACGACCGUCACGGUGCACACACACGAACCGGAAGCGAAGCCCGUACAUGAACACCUGAACCAUCUUUGCGACAAAUCAAUCUACGGAACACUCGGCCUCGUGGCAUCCUUGGCUGUGAAUGUAAUCUUUGUUAUCCUGAUUGUGAUUGUAUACAAGAGAAGGAAUGGUUCUCGAAGGCUGAACUGCAUGGAAUCUCCUGAAUCCGGUUACAGACGGUGCAGUUCGGAUGGGAGCUUCCUCCCCCUGGAUGACAUGUCAGGACAGACGUGACAUCAGAGAGGUCACAGAACAACAGACGUGAUUCUUGUACAGCGCUGGAGGAGCAAAAAUCUCAUAUCUUUUAUUUUUUCCCGAUUUCUUAUCAUAAAUCGGCUAAGAAUACCCAUAUUUGUGUGUGUGUGCGCGUGGCUGUAUAUAUGUACGUGU